GGUCUACACCUGUGAAGAUGGCGCUACCUUCUGUCUCUUCAUGGCAAUUCAUAUUUUGCCUCUGUUUAGUCCCCAUUCUGUUAAGCCCUGCUGACACAGUAGCAUCCCAAACCUUCAGUGCUAAUUUAGAAUCAUUGGUAGAAAAAGCUGAACUACCCACGAGUGCCAACUCAACCACAAUUUUUUAUAGUUCUAAUGUACCAAGUUCCAGUAAAAUCCAUACAACUAAUGAAAAGGAUACCACCAUAGGAAAUAAUACCACUGAGCAUUAUACCACUAGUAACACCACUACCUGGAUAACCACUCAGUCAACAUUUACACAGUCAACUGCUAUUGGUACAACAGCUGCUAAUUCUGAGGACAACAGUACAAUUCCACAAUACAUUGGGUUUAUUGCAGCAGGAGUAUCUGUCCUACUUUACGGCAGUAACUUUGCUCCAGUCAAGAAGUUUGAAACUGGAGAUGGAAUGUUCUUUCAGUGGAUUUUGUGUGGAGCUGCCCUACUAGUGGGAAUCAUAGUACAGGUGAUACGCGGUACACGACAUUUCUAUCCACUGGUGAUGAUAGGGGGUCUGGUGUGGGAGACAGGUAAUAUUUGUGUUGUCCCUAUUAUUAAGACUAUUGGUAUGGGACUUGGUUUGUGUAUCUGGGGAAUGACGAAUCUUCUCAGUGGCUGGGCCACCAGCAGAUUUGGUUUGUUUGGAGUAACACCAAGUGAUAAGAUCGGAAACGAUACGUUGAACACCGUAGGAGUGGUGGUAGCAGUGUUCAGCUCAAUCAUUUUUGCCUUUGUGAGGAAUGAAGUUACCCCAGUAGAGAUUUCUGAGACAGAACCACUUCUCAACAACACACCCUCUGGACAAGGUUAUGGCUCACCCGGGGAUUCCCUGUACAGUAACACAAACAAUCACGAUCAGUUGGUCUUCAAUCAGAGAAGAUCACGGGGGAGCAUUAACAGGGAUCCCACAGACACUGAAGAUAACACCUUUAUAGACAGACUGUCACCUGUGAAUAAAAGAAUUCUAGGUAUUGUACUCUCAGUGGUGUCUGGAGUUUUGUAUGGUCAGAUGUUCACACCAGCAGUCUACCUCCAGGACCAAAAGGAACACUCAGAAAAUUCUUUGGACUAUGUAUUUGCUUGUUUCUGUGGGAUCUACAUAACAAGCACAGUAUAUUUCAUCAUCUACAUCAUCUUUAUGAAGAAUAAGCCUAAGGUUUACCCAAAAGCUAUCCUACCAGGGGUGAUUUCUGGACUUAUGUGGGGGACCGCCACUGCUGGGUGGUUUGUAGCCAAUGAAGCCUUGUCCCCAGCUAUAUCAUUUCCUAUCAUCUCCACUGGGCCUUCAAUUAUUGCGUCAUUGUGGGGGAUUUUUGUAUUUCGUGAAAUAAGGGGAGUAAGGAAUAUUUCUAUUCUACUUCUGGGCUUUGUCUUUGUUAUAACCGGAGCUACGCUGACUGCUCUGUCAGAGAAACACUGAUUCCAAAGUCAACAUAGGUUCCCUUUUAUCUACAAUACCUCAGUUUACUUACAUACUUAUGUAAAAUGUCUGAGUUUUGUACUGUGAUAAUUAUUUUUGUUCAGUAUCAUAAGGGUUAGAUAAUUAUACUGGAUAUUUUAUGCAAUGUAAUGAAUGUGCUGUUAUUAUAAUUGUUUUGUAAGGGAGUCUGUUAAUUGUACACAUACAAGCAUUUACAAAUUAUUCUUGCACCCAAGCUUAAGAUGCACAUAAUAUUGGUUGGAGUUUCAUUAUACAUGUAGUAUUUUAAUCAAUGGUCUCAAGAAGGCUAACACAUGUAUUGAUGUGAUAUUUUAUUUAAGUGUUGAAUGAUCAUUUUUUUGCUUUUUGGGAUGUGAUAUCUAAUAUUGAUUGAAUCUAAAUGCACAUCUGUGUUAUACAUAGCACUUAAAAGAUUACAAAGAAAUAAUCAUUUAACUCUUAAUUCUGCAUUUUAUAUAUUUAAAAAGUUAUUUUUAAGCUAUUUUCCCAAAUAUUUUAUUUCUGUAAUGACACAUUGUCUACAAUAAGGUAAAUUAGAAUUGAAAUUAUUAAAAAGAAAUUAACUAAAAUUUAAAUGAAAUGAACUGGGAUUAAACAGUGUAUUGUUUUCUCAUUGUUUUAGUAGAUCUAGAUCUGUCAAAUGAGGUGAAUAAGUAGGAAUUUAUCAAUUUCUGUACAUUUGUUUGGUUUUGAUUUUACUGAUUUCUCAGUAAAGCAUUAAAUUAUAAAACCUAUGAAAGAAGGAAGGGUGAAAAAACAAUUGAAGUAUGUAUCAGUACCUGUAAUGACUUAAUACUCACCAUAUGCAUCUCAAGAAUUGUGAAUAAAUGCUCUUUUUGAUAACGAGACAUUUCCAUGAUUUGAAUAUUUUUGACUACUUAUUUGAUGUAAGUUAUGAUAAAAAGUGAUUUUCUCAAACAAGUUUUCAUUUGUCACAGGCAUAUAAAAUGCUUUACAAAAAAUUAGUCUUAAGUUUUUCAGGCCAAAAAUAUCAAAAUUAAUGGACUGUCAGUUUGUUUUUAAUUGUUUGUUUGAAGCAAAAUAUUACUCUCUCUCUCUCUCUCUCUCUCUCUCUCUCUCUCAUGACAACAAAAUUGAUGAC